UUAGAGCAUUGGGAGGUGUUCCUGAUCUAGAAUGAGACUCUAGAAGCUAAGGCCUUGGGUAAGGCUAAUAGGGAGCUACUAUGAAAGAAUCCUUAUCCGCACUUUAUGGGCCGAUGUGGAUAUGCCAUGCUUCAGCGUGACGUGGCCGCUUCGCAGGCCACCACUUCUGCCGAUAUCGCUAGUUUGGCAACCAAGACGGGUUUUGAGCUCGGACGAGAGGACUUUUUGUUGAGAGGUCAUACCCAGGAGAGGAAGCAAGAAGUUAGGGACCCUGCACUUAUGGAGAUUCGUGAUAGGAUAGUCCAACUGAAGGAAGAGGUGGCGGCCGGUACCUUUGUGCUAGAGGGGCACAAUGAUGUAUUGACUAGGGCUUUAGGGACUGUUGAGCACGCAUGGUAGAUGAGGGGUGUUGGGUCCUACAUGGUCUUACGGAAGGUCUUCAAUGGCAACAUGAAGACCCAUAAGCCCGAAGGGCAGUAUACGUGUAACACCCUAAUCCGUCCAGGUUACUGCUUGUUGCUUGAGGAUCUCUGAUCCAGCCGAUUAUAUAGUGGCACAUGGAUCGAUUUUCCCACGCGCACCGGGAGAUGUUGUGCACGGUUCUCCCCUCCUUCCCCACCAAGUUAAGGUCACUUUGACCUUGGUGCUUCCUAGAAUGGGUGAAUGUCCCAUUCCUUGUUCGACUGAGCAAAUAUAGACCGUCACUGAUUGCGAGGAGUGCUUCGUCACAUGGACAAAGUCAUUGGUGGGCGUUGCAAAGGUAAGAAGUUAAUAAAUUUAGUUCCUUUUU